AUGACGAUGGAGCAGCAACAGUCUAUCGAGGAGCUGAGGAUGGAGCUGCAGCAGCUAGAGGAUUCGCUUAUGGUGCGGGAGGAGGCGCUUCAGCGCAAGAGACAGCAGUCGGGGAAUCUGAACAAUGAGCUGGCGAACGCGUACCUCUCUACCACGUCGAAGGAGGAAUCGAGGGCGGCCGCUAACGAAGCGUAUCGUACUGCAUCCCGAGCGAAGCAGGUGCUUGAAAACAGUGAGACACAGAGCAGCGAGCCUAUGUGGUCGAAUCGCGAGGAUUAUGUUAACCAGCUAAUGGCAGCGGACGAGGAGAGAAAGAGUGUUGAGGCUGAGAUCGGCGAGGUUUCUUCUCGCAUCAAAGAGCUGAGUGAGAAAAAAGUGGACGCGCAGAAGCGCCUUACGGUGGCUCGUCUCAUGUCAAUGCUGGAUGACCUUCAAAACCUGCUCAAGAAGAAAGUUUACGGCCCGAGCGGCGGCGAGGAGACACGGGCACAGGAGCUUCUCAAGACCGUGCAGGAGCUGUCGCGCGAGCGCGAGCGCACGAUCCACUUGCUUUCGAGGAAAGAGCGGGAGAUGGCUUCCCUUAUCGACUUGAAGCAGCGCCGCAUCGAGGAGCUGCGAAAGGAAUUCACGCGGAAUGUGAGCACGUAUGCGGACUCAAACAAUAGGGAGUUGCUAAAUGUCGCCCAGCGCAUCCAGGCAGAGCGCCACCAGCUGCUGCAAGAAAUAGAGCGUUUGGAGGAGGCGAACCGAAAGAUUACAGAUGUUCUCAUGGACACUAAAUACACCACGGAGUCGUCAAUCAAGGAUCGCGAUACGGCUCUUUCGGGGGUCGAGACGAUGGGCAUUUCGACGAAUCCGGAGAGGGAGUGCUUGCAGCUGCGCGAGCGCAUUCAGAAGGCGAAUGCAGAGCGCCGCAUGUACGUGAUGAAGACGGAGGAGGUGCAGGGCAGGAUUGAUGAAGAUACGGUCAUGUACAACACCCGUAUGUCGAAGCUCCGUAAGGAGAUUCUCUUUUACCAAGAUGAGACCGUGCGUUUCGAGAAGGAGAACAAGGACUUAAAACACCUCUGCGAUACUCUUGCUGGGUCGCUCGAUGACUAG